CAACACCAAACACAAACAAACAACAAGCAAGCCACCAGCACGAUCAGCCAGAAUGCCUCGUUCCAGCAGUUCCAGUGGUGAUGGUCGGGAUGGGUUUCAGGAAUCAACCGCAAGUGAGAAUGGUGCUGUUGACGAGCGUGCCAAGUUGAUCAUCGAUGCGAUUGCGUCCAAGGACAUGCGCCCUCUCGAAGCAACGCUUGACAACAUGCACCUGGGAGAACACGGCUCCCAACUCCUCGCGGACGCACUUCAAAACAACACUUCGCUUGAAUGCCUUUCACUCCGGAAUUGUGGCAUCGGUGCCAUUGGUGCCUGCUACAUUGCAAGUGCCCUCAAGGACCACCCUUCACUCAGCCAACUCAAGCUAUGUGGGAACGACAUCCGAGAUGAGGGCGUCGACUACCUGGCGCGUCAUUUGAAGCAGAACAAACGCCUGAAGCACCUUGACCUGAACAACAACCCCAUGACUGAGCAGGGCGCACAUUCGCUGCUCCUCCUAGCCAACGCUCGCAGACUCACCACGCUUGGGCUGGCACGCUGCGGCCCAGACGUCGCACGUGUCCUGGGGAACGGAUUGCCUUCGGAUAUCACCACCACAAUCCACUGGGAACCACUGAAGCAGCGCAUCUAUGAGAGUUUGCGGCCAGUGCAGCGAGGCGAGCAGUCACCUUCCGCUGCAGACCAGGCGCAGCGCAACUUUGACGAGCAGCUCAGAGAUGAGGUCAAGCGCUGGCAGCGCAAGCAAGGGAGGCCAGUGGGUGCUGACCACCAGCAACCAGAGCCUUCCAAGAAGCCACGACCACCUGUUCCGCCAAAACCAGCAAAACAACCGCGCCAACCAGCACCAACACCAGUGCCGCCACGGCGGCAAUCACCCUCACACCAAGACCCCCAUGACAACGACAGCAGCAAUAGCAACGGCAACAGCAGCGUUCACGCUUCAUCCUCCGCCGAAGAGCAAAAACGUCUGCAGGAGCGUGUACGUGCGCUGGAGAAGAGGGAGGAGGAGCUGGUGCGACGGGAGCAGGCACUGAAGGCGAAGCAGCAGCAACUCGACCAACGCGCCCGCAAGGAAGGCGAGCUGUUGCGACAGCUGGAGGAUCAUACAGAGUACCUGCUUCGUCUGAAUAUCCCGUAUGAGCAGCUAACGGAGAAGAAAGUGGCAAAGGAUGCGCGCGGAAACGUUGUGCAUGUCCGCAGCGGUGACCUGUACUCGGCCGUGUUCGACGGCAACCGCGUUGCGCUCAAAGAGUUUCGCCACAUUGACAGGCGCCCACGCUGGUCUCAUCUCCUGCGCCAUGGCAGCAACCGCUCCAUUGACGAUGUGAUUGAGAAUGAUGGUGACAGCAAUGGAAGCGGUAGUUUCUGCAUCAAACGUGACAGCACCGGCGCUGUGAUCACGCCCGACAUGCGCUCACUGUACCGGGAGGCGCUGAUCCUGGCAUCCCUGCGCCACUCAAACAUUGUGCAGUUUCUCGGGCUCUGCUACGAGGAGCACACCAAGCACCUGUACUUUGUGCUGUCGUGGGCAGACAACGGCUCUCUGUGCGAGUACAUGCACGUGAAGAAGAAGCCACUCGACGACACACACAGGCGGCGCAUCUUGAGCGAGGUGGCGGGUGCCAUCAGCUUCUUGCACAUGCACAGGGUGGUGCACCGAGACAUCAAGUCCCCCAACGUUCUGCUGGACAGCUUCCUCUCUGCAAAGCUGACGGACUUUGGCGAAAGCACCUUCAAGGCCAAAGACAAGACCGACGUCACACAUGCUGCGGGCACGCCAACGUGGGCAUCCCCUGAGCAGCUCUUGGGCGCACCCGCGCACCACCCAGGAGACGGCGGCAGUGGCAUCGGCACCCUGCGUGCAGUCACAGACGUGUUCUCGUUUGGCUGCCUGGUGUGGGAGGUGUGGUUUGGCGUCAAGCCGUGGCACCACGGCAAGUACGCGCCGCACGGUGCGUCGGUGGCGGAGAUCGCUGGCAGCUACAGUCGCGGCGAGUAUCUUCCUCUUGACGAGAGCAUCAAUGGGCGAAUGUUACCAGACCACCUCCGGGCUGUCCUGCGCUGCUGCUUCACCGAUUCAAGCGUCCGCAUCGCCUCCCCCAUGGUGCACGCCAUGCUCAAGACCCAGUACGAGAUGGACAAGCAGAAGCGGGAGGACUUGCUGCAUGGACCUUCCGACGCCAUGUGGAAGUUUCCCCUGGCGCUUCGGCAGACGCUCAGUGCCACGCAGCUGACCACACGCGCCACUGUCAACAUUGCCUUGCUGUCCCUGGACAACCACCUUGACCAAGUCACAAAGCUGCUGCAUCAGGCAGGGGGUCGCACGGCCCAGGAACGUGAUCCGUUGAACCCCUUCGGCCAUCGCCUCGCUCGCGUCGCCAUCACGUGGGACGAGCAGAAGCUUGCUGCGUUCAACAGUGCCAUCCACCGCAACGAUUGCCGCUACCGCGGGCACCUGUCCAACAUGAGCCAUGCGUUUGCACCCCGCUAUGCCUUCGAUCCAAACACGAAACACGUGCUCGACGACGAAGAACGGGCUGUGCUGCACCGCGUGACCAUGCCGGGCGUCUACAGCAUGCUUGAGCCCCACCGCGCACAGCGCAGUCCUUUCCUGCGCAUUCAGCGUGUGUUCCACGGCGUGAGGGACCUGGGUGCCAUCACGGGCAUCCUAGGCGGUGACUUUGCGCGUUUGCAGAAGACAGAUCCUGGCUGGUUUGGCGCAGGCGUGUAUUUCACGCCAGACCUCGACUAUGCACUCGCGUACACGCAAGCGUGCUCGUUGACGGGCAACAACAGCGGCGUGUCCGACAAAGACGAGCCUGGCCUGUCCAAUUUUGUUGCCGGCCUCAAAUUGGCGCCUGACAAGCUGCACCGUGUUGUGCUGGCAUGCGACGUGCAGUAUGGCAACCCGUACCCAGUCACCCACGACUCGUUCCACCCAGCCGUUGAGGCGACCGCGUUUCCGACGCCACCAGCAACCCCGACGUCUCGGGAGGAGCAGCCGCCGCCGUGGAAGUCGUUUGGCGGCCGCCCGCUCAUUGGCGGCCACGACGCACACGUGGCCGUGGUCAACUUUUCCAGCGGUGAUGUCGAGCACGCGACGCCGUUCCUGAGCCACGCCGAGUGGGGCAAGGGGGCUGCGGUGUCGGAGAUUGUCGUUGAUGAACCGCAGUGCAUGCUUGUUCGAGCCAUUCUGGUGUUUGAGGCGUGAGAAGUUGAGAGGUUUUGGGAUCAAGGUUGAAAAGUGCGGAAUGAGAGAGAGAGAGCGCGCGCGCGUGCGCUGGAGAGGCGUGUUGUUACACCUUUGCGUUUGAGGGAUGCGGCGUUACACCGCAAGUGAUGUCACAUGCCACUUGACUAUACCGUUUGCUUUGCGGGCCAUGCCAUGUUUGACACCACUGUUUUCAUGUUUCUGAGUAGUAAGCGGGUUGCUUCCUGAAACACGUCACCUGACUCGCUGAAAUGAAAGACGCGCAAAUGGC